GUAGGGUAAACCGACAAGUUGACAGUUGCGUCAGAAGAACCUUUCCAUGGAUUGUCUCAAGGUUUGGCGUGUAUUUACACGGGUGUCAAGACAAGGGUCAUGGUGUACGGUACAAAAGUCCAAUAACUCAUUAUUCUCACGAGGCCUACAUGGAUUUCAGACACUGAGGAAGCCAGUUGCUGCCGGUUAUUUCAGUACUGGUCGAAUACAUCACAUUCCAUCUGCUUUUACAAAAACAGAAGCUAAUGGGCAAUCCCUGUUACGAUGUCUCCACAGAAAUUCUCUUUUUUGCAAAAGAUGUAUGAGUGAGAAUAGUAGACCACCCAAAAGAGACACUCGUAAAGACAAAGGCAAAGGGCCUAUUACAUGGAAGUCACUGGUUGUUACCCUUGGUAUAGGUGGCGCUCUGAUUGUUGGAAUACAAUAUGUCAAGAAAGAGAAGGAACUCGCCAUUGCCAAAGAGAGAAACCGAUCAUUAGGAAAGGCGGCUUUAGGAGGGGAGUGGGAGUUAAUUGAUCACCAUGGCAACCUGAGAUCCAGUCGGGACUAUUUGGGAAAGUGGGUUCUCUUGUACUUUGGGUUUACUCACUGCCCUGACAUUUGUCCUGAUGAGAUUGAUAAAAUGGUCAAAGCUGUUGACGAAAUAGAAAAGUUGACUCGGAUCCCGGAUGUCAUACCCUUGUUUAUUACAGUGGACCCGGAGAGAGACACACCCAAAGCCAUCAAACAAUACUGUGAAGAGUUUUCGCCAAAGUUGGUAGGAUUAACAGGCACAGUUGAGCAGAUAGCCCAGGCAACACGGGCAUACAGGGUGUAUUUUAGUUCAGGACCGAAAGACGAAGACAAUGAUUAUAUAGUGGACCACACGAUAAUCAUGUAUUUGAUUGGACCAGAUGGGAAUUUUGUGGAUUACUAUGGGCAGAACAAAACUGCGGAUGAAAUUUCUGCGAGUAUUGCUGUCCAUAUGCAGGAAAUAUGAUCAGCUUCACAAGUGAAAAACUUUGUAUCUUAGACAAAAAAAAAAAAGGAGAAAAAAAAAAUGUUUGUUCCAUCUCCAACAUAGCUAACAGUUUGUAGGCAAUUAUUGCACUGGAAGGACACAUAAAUCAGAGCUUUUUUCUGCUUCUCAUGAUGCCUUCAAAAAGCUUGUCUUAUUGAUUUCUCUGUUUCAAUAAGUAUUAGUUUGCUAAUUUGACAAUGACGUAACAUUCUCUGCACUGUUCUAUUUUUGCGUCAUGUGAUGAGGUGUCAUAAUAGCCUUAUUGCACUGUGACACCAUACUGAUCAUUGGAUCAGCAGCCAGUUAUUGAAAAGCUCUAGUACAUGUUUAUACUAUUAAAUAUGCUUCCAUAAUCGAUUCUCUUCAGUACAUUCUCUGACAACCAGUGAAGAAGUCAGCUAUAGGAAUGGUAUGGUUACAUCACCACUGACCAGUCAAUGGUCGCCUUUCAAAUAGCAGGACAUCUGUGAUUGAUCAGAAUGUUGGAUAAUGAUAUGAGCAGCUAUGAACAUGUAAUUCAUAAAGGUAAAGAAGAUAAUUUUUCUCAGAAAAUGUCACAAUAGACGAUCGUCAGACUAAGUUUAAGAAUAGACAGUUUCUGAAUUCCAGAGCUUUGUCUUGUGUAAAGCCAUGUUCAAACGGUGUUAUUGCCAGACCAUCUGCAGAUUUAAAAUAAAGUUAAAUAAAACAGCACAUGCAGUAUUUCGUGUGACUGUAGGAUUUGACAAGUCACAUCUGAACGUGGCUUACUGUAUACAUAUGUUUAUUCCACAUGUCUGACUUACCAACUGUAUACAAGAAAUUAUAUCAUGUGAACGUGGCUUAACACAUUUUCCCACUUCAAUAGAAUUUUUGUACUGUUAAUACAUUAGAAAAGCAAAGUAGUCAAGUGAAAUAUGUGUACAUUGAAACAAAAAGAAAACAAAAAAAAAAAAAAAAAACUCGUAAGUUUGCUUGUAAGUCACACAGGUGCACAUGUUUGUUGUCCCUCUUUAUUUGUAUGAUGCAAAGCUUGAUCUGCUUUUUUGUAACAAAUAUACAUUGUGUUCUUACACAUAUUUUAGAAAGGGAUUGUGUUACUUUCUAAUAACAUCCAUUUUUACGUGGCAAACUGUAGUUGAAGUACAGCAUGUUUUCCAUCGGUUCAUGAGACUGUUAAAACAGGGUAGUCAGAAUUCUGAAGAUACACAAGUGCAAAAUUUAUUUGAUGGUGUUUUACGCCGUACUCAAGAAUAUUUCACUAUAAUACGACAGCGGCAAGCAUUAAGGUGGGGGGAAACUGGGCAGAGACUGGGGGAAACCCACG